AUGAAGCAAAGAUUUUCGUCUUUGGACGUCAAGGUUAUUUCUCAGGAACUCUCUGCAGAGCUUGUUAAUCUGCGAGUGUCGAAUAUAUACGAUUUAUCUUCGCGAAUCUUCCUCUUCAAACUCGCCAAACCCGACCACCGCAAACAACUCGUCAUCGACUCCGGCUUCCGCUGCCAUGUCACGCAAUACUCGCGCACAACAGCCACCGCGCCGUCGGGGUUCGUAACGCGCAUGCGCAAAUUCCUCAAAUCCCGGCGCAUCACCUCCAUCACGCAGAUCGGCACCGACCGCGUCAUCGACUUCGUCUUCAGCGACGGCAUGUACCACAUGUUUCUGGAGUUUUUCGCGGGCGGCAACGUUAUCAUCACUGACGCCGAGUAUAACAUCCUGACGCUGUUCCGGCAGGUGCCGGCUGGGGUGGGCGAGGAGGAGAUGCGCGUGGGACUGCGGUAUACGGUGACGAAUAAGCAGAAUUAUGGGGGCGUGCCGGAGAUUACGGAGGAGAGGAUUAGGGGGACGUUGGAGAGGGCGGUGGAGGUGUUUAAGAGGGAGGAUGGUGCGCCGAAGAAGUCGAAGAAGAAGAGGAAUGCGGAUGUGCUGAGGAAGGCCCUGUCGCAGGGGUUCCCGGAGUAUCCGCCGUUGUUGCUGGAUCAUGCUUUUGCGGUUAGGGGAGUCGAUCCGGCGACGCCGUUGGAGGAGGUCUUGAGGGAUGAGGGGGGUCUGCUGGGUGCAGUGAGGGGGGUGUUGGAGGAGGCGCAGGGGGAGUGGGGGAGGCUUUCGACGGGGGAGAGCCAUCCCGGGUUUAUUGUUGCGAAGGAGGAUGCGAAGGCUGCGGCCAGGGGCGAGGUUGUGGAUGGUGAUGAUAAGGCUGGUCUGCUUUAUGAGGAUUUCCAUCCGUUCCGGCCGCGUCAGUUUGAGGGGCGGCCGGGUGUCAAGGUGCUGGAGUUUCCGUCGCUGAAUGCCACUGUGGAUGAGUACUUCUCGUCGAUCGAGACUCAGAAGCUGGAGUCGCGGCUGACGGAGCGCGAAGAGGCCGCGAAGAAGAAGCUGGAUGCUGUGAGGCAGGAGCACGAGAAGCGGAUCGGCGCCCUCAAGGAUCAGCAGGAUGUCAACGUCCGCAAGGCCGGCGCCAUCGAGGACAAUGUCUACCGCGUCCAGGAGGCGAUUGACGCCGUGAAUGGCUUGAUUGCGCAGGGCAUGGACUGGAUGGAGAUUGCUCGCUUGAUUGAGAUGGAACAGGGACGGGGGAACCCCGUCGCUGCAAUCAUCAAGUUGCCGCUGAAGCUCUACGAGAACACGAUUACUCUGCUGCUGGGGGAGGCCGGCGACGAGCAGGAGGAAGCAGAGCAGCUGUUUUCGGAGUCCGAGUCUGAAUCGGAAGACGAAGGUGAAAGUGUUCAGGCUGCGCAGAGAGCGUCCACCGCGUUGACUAUCGACGUCGACCUUGGCCUCUCGCCGUGGGCGAACGCUACCCAAUAUUACGAUCAGAAGAGGAACGCGGCUGUCAAAGAGCAGAGGACCGCCCAGUCAUCGUCGAAGGCGCUGAAAAGCCACGAGAAGAAGGUCAAGGACGACCUGAAGCGGAAUCUGAAGCAGGAAAAGCAGGUGCUUCGACAAGCCCGGAACCCGUUCUGGUUUGAGAAGUUUCUCUUCUUCAUCUCUUCUGAAGGAUAUCUCGUCCUGGGUGGCCACGACGGCAUGCAGAGCGAGAUGCUCUACCGCCGCCACCUCCAAAAAGGCGAUAUCUUCGUCAACGCCGAUCUGGCCGGUGUUACACCCAUGAUCGUAAAAAACAGAGCCGGCCCCGGUGUCCCCAUCCCCCCCAGCACCCUGUCGCAGGCCGGUAACCUCUGCGUUGCAACGUCCAGCGCAUGGGACUCCAAGGCCAUAAUGCCCGCGUGGUGGGUCCAUGCGCACCAGGUCACGAAAACGGCCACGUCGGGCGGCGGUCUGCUACCUGUCGGUCAAUUCGAGGCUAAGGGCGAGAAGAACUUCCUGGCUCCUUCGCAGCUUGUGUUGGGUUUUGCUGUCAUGUUCCAGAUCAGCAAGGAGAGUCUCCGCAAUCAUAAAGUGCAGAUGUUUGAGGACACCGCGGCAACAGAGGUGCCCACGGAGCAAGGAGUCACUGGAACAGCCGAUGGGAAUCAAACAGUAGAAGAGAAGAAGGUUGCGGAUCAAGUCGACACAGCUGAAACUUCUGUACCAUCCGAGGAACCCGAGGCUCGGAACUCAGAGUCUGACGAAGAAAAAGAUCCGGAUACCGUCCCUGCCAGCAACCCGUUACAGCGUGGGGUUUCCGAGCUCACCCUUGCAGAUAAACCUGCGGAAGAGGAAGCCAAGGUCGAGUCAGAAGAUGAAGAUGGGGAAGAGGAUGAGAAGGCUGCCGCAGACGAGGCGGAGAGUGUCACCUCCCAACCCCAAGACAAACGGGAGCUGUCAGCCCGAGAACGUCGCAUGCUCCGACAAGGCAAGCCCAUCGACUCCGAUCCCAACCAAAAGGGAACCCCAAGCCCAGCAUCAAAACAACCCCCCGCCCCAACCCGCGGCAGAAAAGCCAAGGCCAAGAAAGCGGCCGCCAAAUACGCAGACCAAGACGACGAAGAGCGUGAACUCGCCCUCCGCUUACUCGGCGCCAACAAAGCCAAAGCCGAAAAGGCGGCCGCAGCAGCCGAGGCCAAGGCCAAGCGAGAGAAAGAAGCCGAAGCGCAGAAGCAGCGUCGCAAGGCGCAACACGAGCGCGCUGCGCAGGCGGAGCAAAAACGACAGGCUCUCUUCGAGGAGGGAGGCGGCGAUGACUACGAUGAGGAGACUGCUGCUGCCGAGAGGGCGGAUCUCUCGUGGAUUCCUGCGCUCGUGGGAACGCCUCACCCCGAGGACGAGAUCCUCGCUGCUAUCCCUGUCUGUGCGCCGUGGGCUGCGCUGGGCCGGUACAAGUACCGGGUGAAGCUGCAGCCUGGGGCUGUGAAGAAGGGUAAGGCGGUUAAGGAGUGCGUCGGGCGGUGGGUGUCAGAGAUGACGGUUGGAAAGGUCAAGAAGGAGCAUGCUGAAGAUGCUGGGAUUAGUCGGGCUGAUGCAGAGAAGAUCCGGGCUAGAGAAGGGGAGCUGGUUAAGGGGUGGAAGGAUACGGAGAUCAUCAACACUGUCCCUGUGGGUAAGGUGCGCAUCAUGACUGCGUCCGGCGGGGGCGGCGGAGAUAGCAAAGCGAAGGGGAAGAGUGGCGGUGGUGGGAAGCAGGGAGGAAAGGGUGGGAAGAAGAAUGUCGGCGGUGUUCCGCGCUGCUUGACCCGGUCUUUUACCUCCGCCGCCGCCACCGUCCCCGUCGCAAUGUCUUCCUACCUAACGACUCGCGUCGCGCCAGUCGUGCGAUUAAACGAGGAAGGCCCUGGUAGUCGAACUCUCACAGAAUGGUGGGCUAGUGAACGCAGCAAGCAAACACCAGAGGCCACCGCCAUCCAAGAAGCUGCCCGACUCCUCCAAACGAGCGACAUCCCCGUCGCGUUUCCCACCGAGACAGUCUACGGACUAGGCGCCGAUGCAACCCGGAGCGAGGCUGUGCGAGGCAUCUACAAGGCGAAGCAGAGGCCAUCCGACAAUCCCCUGAUCGUACACGUCGAUUCGUUGGGGAUGCUCGACCGACUCCUAAACCCCGACCUGGUGAGCCCGACGCGCGAGACCAAGACCCCGCGGAACACCAUCCCCCCCAUCUACCAACCCCUGAUCGAACGCUUCUGGCCCGGCCCUCUCACAAUCCUCCUCUCGAACCCCUCCGGCUCCCUUCUCGCCAAAGAAGUCACCUCCACGCUGACCACCUUCGGCGUGCGCAUGCCCGCCUCCCCGCUUGCUCGUCUAUUGAUCCACGUUACGGACCGGCCGCUGGCGGCCCCGUCGGCCAAUGCAUCUACCAAACCCUCCCCCACCACCGCCGAUCAUGUAUACCACGACCUGCAGGGCCGCAUCGAGCUCAUCCUCGACGGCGGCCCCUGCGGCGUCGGCGUCGAGAGCACCGUCGUCGACGGCACCUGCAACCCCCCCGUCAUCCUCCGGCCCGGCGGGAUCGGCAUCGAGGAGCUCCGCGCGUGUCCCGGCUGGGAGAAAGUGGGGAUCGCGUACAACGACGGCACGUCAGAGGUCAAGGAGGUGCCUCGCGCCCCCGGCAUGAAAUACCGGCACUACUCGCCGCGGGCGCGCGUCGUCCUCUUCGAGCCUGAGAGUAAUGCCCAGGCUAUCUCGAAGCGCAUCCUCCAUGAUAUGGAAGAUAGCGCCGUGGGGGUGCGCAAGGUGGGCAUCGUGCGCACGCAGCACUGGAAACGAGGCCUGGGCCUGCUGUCCGAGGCGGAACUGACGAAGUCGUUGAAGACUUUGCCGUCGCCGGUGCUGGAUCUGGUGGGGUUCUCGGUGCCUGUCGACGACGACAAGACCAAAGACGCGGCUACGUCUAAGGAGAUGUUCGAUUGUCAUCUAGGGGAUGAUAUUGAGUCCGUUGCGCGCAGACUGUUUUUCGCUCUGCGGGCUAUGGAUGAGUUAGGGGUUGAUAUCAUCUACGUUGAGGGCAUGUCGGAUAGGGAUGGUGAUCUUUCCGCUGCUGUUAUGAAUCGGCUCCGCAAGGCAGCUGAGGCGGAGAUCAAGGUUUAA